GUUUCCGGCCCUGACAUCAAUUUCUUAAAUUACACCUUAGAAAAAUGCCUUUUAUCUAAUAACGCAAAUUUUCCCCUGCUCAACUCAUAAUUUGGUACAAUCUUAUGCAAACACAAUGUCACAUCAUGGCAACUUAAUCUUAUUUUUGUAAUGAAUGUUUGUCUUGAAUUUACGACUUAAUUUUAAAUAAACAAACCCCCCUAAAUCCCGCCCCCGUUCACUGAGAUAAAUGUUCAUUCUUUAAAAUUUUAAAUUAAAAAAUAUUGCUUCCUCAAUCUGACCUGCUGGGCACAAUUUCUCUCAUUUGAAGAUAAUGAACGGUGGCAACAAAGAAACGCAGCCAGCUUUGUUUGAAACCAGAAGUUUGGGAUCGUAUAUCGUUUUGUCUUUCUUGAAUAUUUUCCUCGCCAUCACGGCGACUCUUGGAAAUACUUUGAUUUUCCUCGCUCUUGGAAGGCGUUCUUGUCUUCACGGCCCAUCGAGGCUAUUAAUCCGCUGUUUGACGAUUACUGAUCUCUGUGUUGGCCUAAUUUCGCAGCCAUUAGCUGCUCUUCACGCCAUUUCUAUUCUGACAGGGCAUUUGCGCAUCUAUCUGUUCACCGUUGUAUCAAGCUAUGUAACCAGCGCAGUUUUAAGUGGAGUGUCUCUCUUCAUACUAACCUUUAUCAGCAUCGAUAGAUUGCUAGCUCUGUCGCUUGGAGUACGAUACAGACAAACUGUGACCACUAAGCGAGUCCGUAUUUUUGUGAUCUUCAUCUGGGCAGUAAAUAUCGCCAACGCGAUCAUUCGCUUCUUGGGAAACACAUUUGUCUUUUACAUUGUUUGCGUCGCGGGUAUUUUCCUGUGUGUGGUAGUUUCGACAAUUUGCUACGUAAAAAUUUGCCGCACGCUCCGUGUGCAGCGCAAAAAAGUUUGGGCCACUGUUUCUGAAGGACCACCUAAUGAAAGGUCUCAGCUGCACGUCGAAAGGUACAAGAAAACAGUUUCAAGUGCGCUGUGGGUUCACUUCACAUUGUUAGUGUGUUACCUACCGUACAGCAUAGUUUCGGGACUGAAAGCCAUAACUGGAGAAACUUUUGCAGACGCCGAGGGAUUCACGGCAACUUUAAUCUUCUUCAAUUCAUCGGUGAACCCUGUUCUGUAUUGUUGGCGAAUCAAGGAAGUGAGACAAGCUGUGAAAGAAACCAUCAGGCAAUACUUUGGUUUUUCAAUUGGAGCCCAGGUUGACGCUCCAAACGUCAGUUUUCAACGAACAUCUACGACGGGGCGUUUCAUUUAACUUUGUAAUCUUCAACUAAGUUUAAAGACCAUUUCUUGACUUAUAUUUGUUUCAUUUUCUAAAUAAUUUUUUGGUUAUUAGAAGCGGCUUUGAAUAUAGAUGCCAUAUUUUAACGUAAUAACGAGGUGGGGCAUUGAAACUUACGGCCUCAUACAUUAUUAUACACACAAUUUGAAAAGAAAAAUUUUUCUGCAGGAUUGCUUCUGUUGCUAAAUACAACGUAUUCCUGUAACGUGAAGAUGACAGGUCAGUAUUCGUCCAAUCAGGUAGCUCCUAGGCUAGCUCAAUUGUGAUGAUUUUUGCGAUGGCGUUUUGCGAUUGGAGUUGUCAGAAUUUGUUCUGUAGCUUUAGUGAGGUAGCAACUGAAAACUUAUGAUGACGAUUUCUUUUAAUCCUCGUACCUAUCUACUUCAGUUAGUUUAUUGCUCUUUCCUUGGCAUGUCAACUUAUCAGUAAGUAAACAGAGAAUUGCAGUGUUUGCCCUGUUCUGCAGCGUUUUGGUAGCAGGUGCAUAUAUACGCAAUGGGUUUGACACAAAGUGCGGAAAAUCACGUCCUUUCAUAAUUGUAUGUUACGCAAGGACUAAUUAAUUUCGGAGUUGAGUAAUCAAAUUAUUCCUUACCGUCUCACAAGUGUAAGCUUGUGAUCUUAUGCUUAACAAUUCAGCUGCAUAACCGUCGGCUUGAAUUUAACUCUAGAAGAGACGAAAGUUCCGUUCUCAAUAUAUAGAGAUAAACAGGCUUGCAUUACUUGAGCAUUGUUCAAACGGUACCGUACCUCGACAUAGGCGGUUUAGCGAUGAUAUGGAUAGGACUGAUCUCCCUCAGCAGAAAGCUGAGUAGAACGUUGUUUUAAUGUUACUGAAAGAAACUGGUUUCAUAGCCUGCACAGGAGGCGUAAAACGGGGGAGAGAGGGGUGGGGGAGGAAGAAGGGAUUGAGGGACGGGAGACAGGGAGGGAAGUUUACACCUGCACGACAGGCUUCUGAUUUCAUAGUAGCAUGGUCAAACCGUUUUUCCAAGCUUAGCAGGUGAAAAUUGUUUUGACAUUCAUUUCUUAAAACACAAUAUAAGUAAGGUAAUACAAUCCGUAAAUGUGAGUGUCGUUGCUGAUUGGGAUUUACUAGCGCGCGAAAAUUCAUCGGCUAACGGCAGCUGUACGUGUCUCGUCCUCAGGCGCCGUUGCGUUUCGUCGGCGAAGAGCGGGAAACAAGGAACGCGGUGCUUGAUGGUUAGCAAGGAGCGCAGUGCUGGAUGAGUGCAACAGACCCACAAUACCACGGGCACCGAGCUCCAGUGGAAGAAGGACGCCUAGAGAUGAGGCAGUAGCGAUAGCGAAUAAGCGGCGCCAAACACUUCUCUGAGUAGCACGUCAUCAUUUGUAAAUUUUUGUUGUCAAAAACCGUUUUACACCCCUUGACUGGGGGAAAAAUUGCACGCUCUAAAGGAAACAAAAUACUGUUGUAAUUAUUUUCAUCCAUCUUUUUGACAGUGUGUUGAUGUAAGUGACUUACCUUUGCACAGCAUCCAAACAUCAGCGAAUAAACAGAGUACUUGGGCCUUUCAUGUUGCAGAGAGUGACAUGUAGUUAGUUGACAUAAAUGAAAGUGUCUUUUAGCUAACUGGGAGCGUUAUGGAUGCAUGGCGGGGUAAGCAAGGGAAGAAAAAACCCUCAGUGUAUGCAGAUACAUAGUGCACUCUUUAUUUUUAUAAGGAUAUAUUUUAUAAGACUCUCGAGGCUGAAACUUGCGAAAUUUCAAGAAUAUUUC